AUGGAGUUAAACAUUUUGAUAAUUGGUAGUAGUAGAACAGGUAAAACAACAUUAUCAAAUGCAUUAUAUAAUCACCCACAAGUAGAGAAUACUCAAUCUCAUAUUAUAGAUAAUAGUACCAAACCAUCAUUAUCAAAAGUUACAAAUGUUUCUAAAAAGUAUAAUUUAAAAAUAUUAUCAACAUCAUCAUUUACUAAAACAACAACAACAGCAAUUUCAUCAAAGGAUUCUAAUAAUAGUAAUGUCAGUAAAAGAAAAAAGAAAUUUGAUUUUAUAAUAUGUAUAUUUGAUAUUACAAAUAUAAAUAGUUUUAAUUUUAUAAAAUCAUUUUUAAUGGAUAAUAACGAAUUGGAUGAAGAUUAUUUUUCAAUGAACAAAAUUCAAAUUGUAGUAAGCAGAGAAGAUUUAAAAGGAUUGAUUUCAAUAUCAUUCAAUGAAUUAGAAUCAAUUUGUGAACAAUUAAAUAUUCAAUUUUACAUUUCAAAUUUAACCGAUCCAAACUCAAGAUUAAAUUUAGUUAAUAAAAUCAUAAAUCAUAUUUCACUUAAUCACUUUAAUCUAAUUGAUAAUUUUACAAAUAAUAGUAAUAAUAGCAGUAAUAAUGAAAAUAAUUUACAAAUAAAUAAAAUACUAUUUGAUACAUUAGAUACACCUUUUAUAACAAGUACUGAAAUUAACCAAUCAUAA